GGCGGCGGCGCGCCCGGGAUGGGACGGGCUCUGGGGCGCAGGAGCCGCGGUGGCGGCGGGGGCCGCGCAACUCGGGCCAAGUGCCGGGCGGCCAGCGAGUGCGCUGGGCGCUGAGCCCGCGCGGCCCCAGCUCCCCGCUGCGCUCGGCGGAGCCCGGGAGAGCGCGCACCAGCGCCGCCGAGAAAGCGCCGCCCGCGCCGGCCGCCUGCGUCUGGGGAAGAGCGGCGCCCUGGGAGCCAGCCAUGCCCGGCGCCCGAGCGUAGCCGCCCGGGGCUGCUCCCGGGAGCCGCGGGCCGGGCCGGGCGCGCGUCAGGAGCAGCCCCGCUCCGCGCCCACCGCACGCCGAGGACCAUGCCGCCCCCGGGCCGGGCGCCGCCGCUCGGGCUCCUGCUGGCGCUGACUGCGCUCCGGUGCCCAGAGAUGGAGAGUCGAGCCAUCGUGGAUAGCCUACAGAGGUUUUCCUCGCUCCCUGCUUACCUCCCCACGAGCUUCCACAUCUUGAACGCGGAGGAGUCCUUCUUCCUUAAAGAAGCCAACCAGGAUGUCACGAGGAACUCGAGUCUGCAGGCCCGGGUGGAGACGUUCUUUAUCUAUCGGGCCAGGACUGCCCCGGUCAUCAAUGCCACCUAUGGCCCAUUUUCGGCCGAGAGGACAGUCCCCCAGGAGCUCAUGCUGACUUCCACGCCCUCUGGAAACAUGAAGUUUCCUUUCAAGUGGAAGCUGAAAUCCCACAUCCUGGACAGCUCCAUCUACUCCAACAGGCCCAAAGUGCAGACCUUGUUUUAUGUCACUGGCAUGGACUGGGAUGACAGUGACCCCGCGGAAAACCUUCCAUGUGUCAAGAUGUUUGCUUUCCCUGAGGCCCGAGAAGUGGCGGCCAGCUGCCGGCUGCAGGGGAACCCUGGGCUGUGUGUGGCCGAGCUGGAGCUGCUGCCCGAGUGGUUCAGCUCUGGGCUGGACCUGGAGCCUGAGGAGGUGGUCCCGGCCCUGCUGGGGGGCACAGCCAUGGAGCUCUUCUUCACGCUCUACCCGGCUGAUGGGGCCGGCCGGUGUCCCCUGGAGGAGGACGGCAAGUGGGAGAACAACAUCCACUUGGGCCAGGACGGCCCCCAGCUGGUGGCCCCGGCCCGGGAGAGGAUCGGGAGCGUCGUGGUCUACCCAACUCAGGACGACCUGAAGUGGUCCCUGCUGAGCCUGGACGAGAACAUUGUCCUCUCAGUACCUCUGAACCUCGUCCGGGAAGGGGACGCGGCCACCUUUCUGGUCUCUCUGACCAGUGGCUCUGUGGCAGACCACUUUACUCUUAGAAUUAAGGCAGCAGCAGGUGUGAGGAUCAUGGCAGUGAGAAUCAGCAGCGACCAGUGGGCCGUCCAGGAAGAAAUAGACAAUGGCAGUGUGCAGACCACGGCCACCCUCACCUGUGUGGGCCACCGCCCAGAUACGCAGAGCAGAGCAAAUGACUCCAUCUAUGAGAUCUUGCAAGUGGACUUCGGAGUCGACAACAGCAGUGGCCUGGCCGGGGCCCAGCAGAUCACCUGGCAGGCGGGAUACCCGGCGGAGGACUCCAUGGGUGAGCUGGUCGUCGCUGAGAUCUUCGUCAGCCAGACGUCCUUUGUGGGCAUCGUCCCUCUCGCAAUGGACACGGAGGUGCUGAACACGGCCGUGCUCACCGGGAAGGCUGUGUCCCUGCCCGUCAAGGUCGUGGCCAUCCAGGAGGACGGCGCGGUGGUCGACGUAUCGCGGUCCGUGGAGUGCCGGUCUGCAGACGAAGACGUGAUCAAGGUCUCCAACAACUGCGACUCCGUGUUUGUGAAUGGGAAGGAAAUGAAGAGCAAAGUGGACACGAUUGUGAACUUCACCCACCAGCACUUCACCUCCCAGCUGGAGGUCACCAUCUGGGCGCCCAGACUUCCCCUGCAGAUCGAGAUCUCGGACACGGAGCUGAGCCAGAUCAAAGGCUGGAGGAUCCCAGUGGCCUCCAACAGAAGGCCCACCCGAGAGAGCGAGGACGAGGAGGACGAGGAGAAGAAGGGGCGAGGGUGCACCCUGCAGUACCAGCAUGCCACUGUGCGCGUCCUCACCCAGAUGGUGGCUGAGUCGCCCGACUUGGGUCAGCUGAGCUACAUGCUGGGCCCUGACUGGCAGUUUGACAUCACUGACCUGGUGAUGGAGUUCAUGAAGGUGGAAGAGCCGAAAAUUGCUCAGUUACAGGAUGGCAGGACCCUGGUGGGUCGGGAGCCAGGAAUCACCACCGUGCAGGUCCUCUCACCUCUCUCCGACUCCAUCCUGGCCGAGAAGACAGUGAUCGUCCUGGACGACCGUGUCACCAUCGCGGACCUGGGCGUGCAGCUGGUGACUGGCUUGUCCCUUGCUCUGCAGCCGCACAGAGCUGACAAAAGGGCCAUUGUCUCCACAGUGGCUGCCCAGGAUGUUCUCCAAGCCCCAAAGCAGGAAGCGAUUGUCAGUUCUUGGAUUUUGUUCAGUGAUGGUUCGGUGACACCGUUAGACAUCUAUGAUCCCAAGGAUUUUUCAGUUACUGUCUCAUCAUUGGAUGAAAUGGUGGUGUCUGUUCAGAAAGACCUUCAGUCCAGAUGGCCGGUUGUGGUUGCAGAGGGGGAAGGGCAAGGACCCUUGAUUAAAUUGGAAAUGAUGAUUAGUGAACCUUGCCAGAAGACCAAAAGGAAGAGCAUUCUUGCCGUGGGAAAAGGAAAUGUCAAGGUCAAAUUUGAACCCAACACAGAUGGGCACCAAGGAGGCGCCAAUGACAUUGAGGGCGCACAUCGGGAACAUAAAGACCGCCUCAGUAAUUCCAUAGGGCGGGAAGGAAACCAGGAGAGAGCCAUUCAGGAAUGGCUCCAACGUGGUGUCUCUGUUGGCCAAGAGGAAAAUACCAACAAAAGCACAACCCCCCACUCUCAUGCGGAAGGAGAGGACACGAAGUUCCUCAAGAGUCGUGGUCCAGAUGCCUUCACCAGCCUCCCCGCUCCGGGGAAGAUACCGGAACCUGAUAAUCCGAGUGACCUUACUAUGACUUCACGGGGGCUAACCGACUUGGAGAUUGGCAUGUACGCCCUGCUCUGUGUCUUCUGCCUGGCCAUUUUGGUCUUCUUAAUCAACUGUGUGGCAUUUGCUUGGAAAUACAGACACAAAAGAUUGGCGGUGAGUGAGCAAGGCAACAUCCCCCAUUCCCAUGACUGGGUCUGGCUUGGGAAUGAAGUGGAACUUUUGGAGAACCCAGUGGACAUCACACUCCCUUCAGAGGAGUGCACGACCAUGAUAGACAGGGGGCUGCAGUUCGAGGAGCGGAACUUCCUUCUCAACGGCAGUUCCCAGAAGCCCUUCCACAGUCAGCUCCUCAGACCUUCGGACUAUGUCUAUGAGAAGGAAGUGAAAAAGGAACCGAUAAAUCCAUCGGGCCCAAAGAGGAAGAGAGUCAAGUUUACUUCCUACACCACCAUCCUGCCGGAGGACGGCGGCCCCUACACCAACUCCAUCCUGUUCGACAGUGAUGAUAACAUCAAGUGGGUCUGCCAGGACACGGGGCUGGGGGACUCCCGGGAAUUCAGAGACUACCUGGAGAGGCUGCAGGACCACAUGUAACUCCUUUCUCGUGUUUGUAUUCACCUUUAUGCCUUCUGUUUUUGGUGGUGGAGCAGUAAGUUUGAUGAGCAAUAGGAGAUGAUGUAACAAAGCCUGGUUUGUGGAGGUCUGCUGGGAUCCCUUUCUGAGCAGGUAUGAGGUCUGGAGAGCCCUAGCAGCUGGGUUUUAAGCCGGGAAGUGUCUCUAAAACAGCUCCAUGUGGGUCCUGGAGGAAUCCUAAGAUGACCGUGUUCUCAGCUGCCUGGUACUAGCUCAGUUCAAAUGUAAUCAAUCUGACCCCACAGACAUUGUUAGUCAUCUCGUGACAAAGGGCCGUGUGGAAUUAGACAAGACUUGGGUGUUGGUUUUUCUAUUCCUAGACCUUUUAAAGCACAGUGGACAUUUCUUGCUCUUGGCCUGAGAUUGGACAUAGUGAGAGAUGCUGAAUGUAGCCGCCUUUAUUUGUUACGAGCGCUGCUCAUUAUUUUUAUAUACAUUUGCACCUGGACCUGGUUCCUUUGGCUUCUGGAAUUCUUGAAACAUGAAGAAAAGAAAUGUCAGUCAUUUUGUUUUCAGCUGUUUGAUUUACAUGUGAGUUUUAGUCACUGAGGUUUGCCAUGUCCACGCAGGAUGUCAAAUAUUCACCAGUUUCCAUCCUUUACCAUGCAGGGGCAAUAUCUAAGAAGCUUAUCCUCCAAUGUCUGUCCUGUUAUUGUUGGAUUUUCUUGUAUUAGAUGGGGAUAUGGGAUGUCACUUAAAAUAUUAAUAUACUGUGAGGGAGGGCCAUCUCUUUACAGUUUUCUACAUGAUGUUUAAAAACUUGGAGAAGAUUUGUGAGCCACAUACAUUUAUUUUUAUCUUCUGCUUGUGGAAGACUCAUGGGAAACUCCUGGAGUGCAUUUCUAUGGGCCAAAAGAUUCCCAAAUAGAUGUGUUUAUACCAGUGCUUUGUAGCCAGCACAAUUUGUUACCCAAACUGAAGUAAAAAAAACUCAUAACUGACAAACACCGAAAGGAAAUUGCAUAGGAAAUAGCUUCAGAUUAAAUUUUCCAUUUUGCCAGGACAAAAUUUGUUUAAAAAAUAAGUGGAAUGAUGUUUCAAUUUAGCAAUAUGUAAAAUCCAUCCAUACAGUCACCCACCUCAACCAUUCAAAAAAAAAAUCCUCGCUUGUGAGUCUGGCAGAGAGAAAGUCUAUAUAGAGUGUGCACUAGUGGAGAAAAGCAAUGUGUCCCCCCCACACCAGUUCAUAAAAGCAAAUGACUAUUCCAGGGCUAGAGAGGCAGUUAUGAUGAAAAACCGUAGCUAUUAGAAAGUCAAAGUGGCAAGAGAAGAAAACAUACUCCUGCAUAACUUCUAAAUAAAAAAAGUUUUCCAAAGAGCAGCAUGAAUGAUGUAGAGCCAAGCAAGAAUUUCAGAUUAGGAAACCAUGGCAGCAUUUUUAUUUAUGAAGAUGGGCUAACUGGAGAAACAGAAUCCAGGCUAGCAUGCCUCGUUAUGGGCUUUCUUGACUCCUGUGCAUCUCUAAGCAACAGAGUUUUAAAGGCCCAAAGUAGAGGGCCUGCAGGAGGUUAUCUGACGCAGCUGCUGAUGACUGAGCUAGGAGAGGCAUUCAGGUGUGCCUGCAUCGAUUUCUGUGACUGGGAACAGGACAGCCCAGCCUCCUGUAGUCAUGACAAGGCAGCGUGAAGUUCCCCUUGGGUCUCUUGCCCACAGGACUAUUUGCAUCUGUGACCUCCAGGAACCAGUGUUUGUUCCGAAAAUCUUCCCAUUUGAUCUGUGAAUGAAGCCAGGAGCCCAGGCAUUAGCUUCAAAAGGAGUUUGCAAAGAGAUGGCUGACACCUUGUAGGAAGCACCCCUCAGUAGGCCAGAGGAGCCUGCCACUGCCUUGCAAAGCGUGCGGUGGGGAGGCAGCUCCAAACAGGCCACUAGGGCUGAAGAGAAGUGCACAUGUGAGUUGAAGCACGGCUAUCUGAAUGCGUCCUGCUCCUCCCAUUAGAGAUCCCCAAUUUCCUCUCCCUUUGGGUCUUCAACAUUCCAGAAAUAAUGGGAAUUUCAUUUCUGAAGCUGGAGAAACUCAACCGCUAUGAGGUUAAGUUUCUCUCACAUACACACAGCCAACUGCCUCCCCCUUGUGAGUGAGACUUUGGGUGAGGGUGUAAUUUGGGACGGGGCAAAGGCAGCUACCAUCAUCAGGGUGAGCAUCAUGAAAGGGCAAACUAGAGCAUUUCCUGUGACCUGUGCCUGAUGUGGCACAGCGAGCAGCUGCGGCGCAUUCCACAUGCUUCUGGUGUCUCGGCAGAGCUGGAAACCGACCGCUGCCUUCAAGUUGCCUCCCCCGGAUCUGCUGGAGUUGCCCAGACUGAUACAGGAUCUGUACAGUCACCUUUGUGGGUUUAUGCCGAAACUGAGUUUCAGAUAAAAAUCAAAUGGAAGGUCAUGGAGGAGAGCUCCCUUACCAUUCAGCACACACUCACCUAGAUACACACAUACACAUGGGUAUGUGCGUGUAUGCCACAGUAUUUAGCAGGAAUCUGUCACUUGCUAUCGGAUUUGACAUGGUACUACUCGGCUCAAAAGAACUGCACUGAAGUUCUUUCUGUUUAAGUAUUUCCUGCCGACAAUGAAACCAGGGAUCAUAUCAGCUUGUUUUCCAACUAGUCAAUUUAAAACAAAUAGGAACUAUACCCCAAAUAUCCAAACUAAAAUGGGGCAAAACAUAGAUUAUUAAGCCUUGAAAUACAAUUCCCUGGGGGCCGUGCAUCUGCCUGGAUUUUUUUUUUUUCUGAGGUGUCCAAGGGAUUGGUGUCAAUAUGAUCAACAUUGAUAAAGUCCCUUCCUCUCCUUUAAGAACCGAAUGCUUAGACUGCCCCUGGUGCAGACUCCAGCGAGCCCCUUGAGGGGACACCAGGCUGCAAACUCUGCAGUCACAGAAGGGCGGUUCAGGUGCUCCGGGACGACUGGGUAACCUAGGGUGGUGGAAGAUGGGAGGCCACUGUUGCCAGGGGCCAGAUGCUGCUUCCCAGGCCAGUGCGUGGGGACCAGGGAGCAGUGGCCACAUGGGAGAAUUGGGGUUUCAACUCAGAGUUGCAUCUGAGAGAAAGGAAGAAAAGACCAGGUUUCCCCUGGAAGGACACACCUAGGAAGCCCCAGAAGACUCCGUGCGCGCCAAGAGCUGUUUAUACUGCACAGCAGUCGGGGUAGGUUUCCAGGCGGUGGACAUCCUUACACUCUAGGCAGUUUACAGACAUUAGUGCAGGGAAAAAUGGAUCAGUGUUUGUCCCGUUGCCACAUCUGCAAACUAAGUAUUUUGUACUUUGCUAAUGUUUCAGUUUAAGAGUUUGCCUUGGUGCAUUUUGAUCGGCAUUGUCUUCUCGCUCUUUUAGAAAGGCACCUUGUCAAUAAAUGUGGGCGGGUUAAGACACAGUAUAGACUCUGAGAACUGUUCCGUCCAGCUUCAGCGACCACAGAGGAUGGUUUCAGCUCGUUCCUACGUGUCAUUGGCACCAUUGCUUUUCUUCUCCAACCGUCUCAAAAAUGGCUUCAGUUCUCCAUUCAAGUCUUUGUAAAUGACAUGUAAGAUGGUUUAUAAACUCAGCAACCGUCUCCUCCAUCAAAAUUAUACAUGUGUGAUGUAUCCCAUAUCACCUGUAUGCAAAGGGACACUGGGUGGUGGAAAAGUUAUGCUAACAUAUGGGUAGCAAAUAUUUUUUUUUGUAAUAUAGGCAAUAUACUGAAACACUACAAGGUGUAUUGGAAUAAAUUCAUUUUAUAAUAAAAGCAUGCGAAGCUGUAGCUUUUAAAUGUACAGAUAUCCCACUCAAAAGUAUCUAAACUGAUGGUGGGAAAAACACUGGAAACUGAGAUCAUGAAAUGCACUGAAUCAGGAAUGUGGCCUUGAAAGGGCGUGGCUCAUGUUGAUGGAAUCUACCAGAACAUUUUGAUCCUACUCUCCAUUACUUUUGGAUUUUUUCCUUUUUUCUUUUUUUCUGGAAAUAUUUCAGAAAUAAAGUGACUUCAUUUUCCAAGCAUAAAAGGUAUAUUCUAACCACAGGGUAACGCAUCAUUUUUAACAUGAAAAUAAACAUUUAAACCUU